GGCAGCUCCCAUGCCGUGCUGGACCACGAGACCUUCAUCCUCAACCUCACCGAGGCCAACGUGCCGGGGGCAGAGCCACGCUGGCAGCGCCUCUACCGCGCCCGCGAGGCCUAUGGGCUGCCCAGCGCCUUCCCCGCCGACUGGGACCAGCUCAUCCGCCGCUUCCAGGACGACGAGCGCCAGCGCUUCUGGUUCCUCUUCCACAAGGGCCACCCGCCCCGCGAGCCCUGCCUGGCUGCCUGCAAGGCAGCGCUGCUCUGCGCCCUGCGCACCGGCCGCUCCGCCGACCCCGGCCUCUGCCAGCCCCUGCGCCCGACGCUGCCCUUCCCACACAUCCAGGCGCUCUGGCGGCAGCGGCGGCUCUGCUGA